AUGGCUUCAGCAACGCAAGCAGCCGCGAUCUCCGGCGCUCUCUUCGCCGCCGCUCCUCUCCACACGAAGCCACGCUCCGUCACCUUCAGAAUAACCGCCUCCAACCCACCCAUCGUCGGCCGGAAGCUCCGCGCGGCAGUCAUCGGCGCCGGUCCCGCCGGGUCCUCGGCCGCAGAGGCCUUAGCCGCCGGCGGAGCCGAGUGCUUCCUCUUCGAGCGAGCACCGUCGGAGGCCAAGCCCUGCGGCGGAGCCAUCCCAAUCUGCAUGCUCGACGAGUUCGACAUCCCGGCCCGACUCAUCGACCGCCACGUCACCCGCAUGAGGAUCUUCUCCCCCUCCAACCUCGCUGUCGACUUCGGCAAGACCCUCCGCCCCGACGAGUUCAUCGCCAUGCUCCGCCGCGAAGUCCUCGACUCCUUCCUCCGCGACCGCGCCCAGUCCCGCGGCGCCUCCCUCAUCUCCGGCCUCGUCACCCGCCUCGAGAUCCCCGCCUCCCCCCACGCGCCCUACGUCGUCCACUACACGAAGGACAACGCGCGCCACGCGCUCGCCGUGGACGUCGUGGUCGGCGCCGACGGCGCCAACAGCCGCGUGGCCAAGUCGAUCAAGGCCGGAAGCUACGCCUGCGCCAUCGCUUUUCAGGAGCGAAUCAAACUCACGGACGACAAAAUGGCCUACUACCAAGACCUCGCCGAAAUGUACGUCGGAAACGACGUGUCGCCCGACUUUUACGCGUGGGUCUUCCCGAAAUGCGACCACGUGGCAGUGGGCACCGGCACUGUGUGCUCCAAGCAGGACAUCAAGGUCUUCCAGAGGGCCAUCAGAGCCAGGGCCAGCGCCAAGAUCAGCGGCGGGAAAGUCAUCAAGGUGGAGGCGCACCCGAUCCCGGAGCACCCCCGCCCCACGCGCGUCAGGGGGCGCGUGUCCCUCAUUGGUGAUGCGGCCGGGUACGUGACGAAAUGCUCCGGCGAGGGGAUCUAUUUCGCGGCGAAAUCGGGGAGGAUGUGCGGCGAGGCGAUUAUAAAAGCGUCGGAGGGAGGGGAGAGGAUGAUAAAUGAGGAGGAUUUGAAGAGGGAGUAUUUGAAAAAAUGGGAUGCUAAGUACAUUACGACGUUUAGGUUCUUGGACUUGUUGCAGAAGGUGUUUUAUGGCAGUGAUGCGGCGAGAGAGGCUUUGGUGGAGCUGUGUGGGGAUGAGUAUGUGCAGCGCAUGACUUUCGAGAGUUACUUGUACAAGAAGUUAGCUGAUGGGAAUAGGUGGGAUGAUGCUAAGAUGGUUUUGAAUACGGUUGGGAGUUUGAUGAGGUGUAAUGUUUUGGGGAGGAAGAUGGAGGCUUUGAAGAUUUGAUUCAUUGUGGUUGGGGGCAGCUAGCAGUUCAGUUGUGUGGUAGUCUAGCGGUUUGAUUUCUUUCUUGAUGGUGUGGGUUAGCUGAAGAACCAUACAUGUUGAACUUGGUGGGGAGCUUCUUUGCAGGUUCUUUCAUUUACCAAGUGUCUAUCGUUUUGAACAAUUUACAUUUCUAUGUGUACUAAUAAUGUAUGAACAUGCAAAUACUUGCAGAGUACCUAUUGCCCAAAAAGAAGCACUUGUAUU